AUGAAGACACUCGUCUUACUGCUCAAAUUCCUCAUCUAUGUGGCCCCCAUCCUAUCGCAGACCAUCCCCGAAGAUGACUCUUCUCCAAUUUUACCCGCCACUGCUGAGAACCACAAGCACCCGCACUGCGACUGCUACUUGGUCUCCGGUCAGAAUCAAGGAUACUUCCAGCAUUACCAACUCUGGGAUUUUCGAAAUGCUCCUAUUCCCCGCGAUACGGUGAUGGCGAGUGACAGCGUAUUCGGAGCCAACGCAGUGCCACUGUCGAGAUCCCAUUUUGCAGCAGAUUGGAAUACGCAGAACUGGAAUCGUCGACCUACCUCUCAGAAGCCCGUACCGAUCCUCAACUCAGUUAACAACAUCUUCUUCGCCCAAGACCCGCUUCUCAAGAGCAACGGUAGCAAUUCAACCACCGAGUUUGGAAACACCUACCUCGUGCUUCGCACCACGCGUCUUGACAAAUACAACUCAGCCGCUGAGCUCGAAAACCGUCUUACGAAUGUAUUCCGCUGCUCAUUCCGUGUCCGUCUCCGCAUGCUACCUUACGGCCGUCUUGCCAAUGACGAACUAGGAUGGAAUCGUACGAAUCACAAUAUCACCAAUUCCAUGACCCCAGGUGGACCCCCAAAGGGUGCCUGUGCUGGUAUCUUCACCAUCGACCCUUCAGGUGGGGAGUCGGAUAUCGAGAUUCUAACCAAGGACCCGUCCAAUAUUAUCCAUUACGCCAACCAACCAGACUACGACUGGGAAACGGAUGAGACUAUCCCCGGGGCUAGUACUAUCGCUGCUGUUCAGACGCCGUGGACUGAGUGGGCCACGCAUCGGCUGGAUUGGUUUCCUAACCUCUCUGUCUGGUACGUUGAUGAUCACAUACACAGUUCUAAGACGUACAAGGUCCCCGAUAUGCCGAGUACGCUGGUUAUCAACCUUUGGAGUGAUGGCGGGGACUGGACUGGUGAUAUGAAGGUUGGAGAGAGCGCGUUUAUGGGCAUCGAAUGGAUCCAGUUGGCCUAUAACAUAUCCGGUCAGUCCAGAGAUGUGCCAGGCGGCGAUCCGGGGAAAGCAAACAUUUCGGGCGAGGAGAGGAAGAAAAAGAAGCAAAAAGGGGAUGAUGAUGAUGAUGAUGAUGAUGAAGGAGAUUAUCACGGCCAUGACGAGAAAUGUCGCAGACCAUGCUGGUUGGACGACGUUAGGUAG